UAUCUAGCAGGAUGAGCACCUACAACCCUCCCACACUCCAGAAGCUGGCACUGGAUGGGCUGCUGAGGAAAGAUGCCAUAAACUCCUCCGAUCUGGACUACUUGCCCACAGUGCUUUUCCCACCACUCUUCCUAGAGGCUUUCAAUGGCAGACACACAGAUAUGAAGGCAAUGGUGGCAGCCUGGCCCUUUCCCUGCCUCUCUGUGGGGGCCCUGAUGAAAACCCCUGAUGUGGAGGUCUUGCAAGCUGUGCUGGAUGGCAUAGAUAUACUGCAGACACAGAAUGCUAGUCCCAGCAGGAAGCUUCAAGUCCUGGACUUGAGAGAUGUGCACCAGGAUUUUUGGGAUGUAUGGGCUGGAAGAAAGGAUGAAGUCUGCUCAGCAAAGACUGGGAAUGAGAAACAAGUUGCAAAGCACAUUCCUAGAUGUGCACUGAGGCAGCAUUUGAAGUGGAGAUUAUCAGGGAGAUCUUGA